AUGAGCACUGACAUCAGUGAGCAGCUACUUGCCGUCGGUGCUCAUGCCUCUCUACUUUCAAGUGAGCUCCAGGACGCUCAGAAACUGACCGAUGCACUGGUACAUGCUAGUGCAUUAGAACUGCAAUCGCUUCUUUGUGACGUCAUUCCCGUCGUUAAAACUCUCAGUCGCGUAGUGAUCAAGUGCAUUGGAAUGGCAGCAGCAGCAGCAGCAGAUACACAAAAUGGGACACUUUUAAUGGCUCUCGAGGACAAAUUGCUCCCGAUAUUGCACGUCUUUCAUGCACUCGUGGACCGAUUGACGUGUCAAGAGUUACAAGACGAAAAGGAACUGCUUAAUUGGCUACCGUUUGUGCUCACGGCGUGUUACUUUGUGAAUGGAGUCGAACUGCCGUGUUCAGCUUUAAUGCAGAGUCUUGUGCUUGCUGAUGAGGUGAUAAAUGCUGCUGUAAUGCUAGUAAAAACUCAAGAUCGAGAGAGUUUAGUGGCGAAAUACGUUGCAGAGAUGGUGGCACUGUGUGCUCAUGAUGUGGACAAAAAGGAGUGGGUAGCAGUGACGUCUGUCAACAAGCAAGUGAUGUUAAAGGUGGUGAAGCAAGUGUCGUUUCCGUAUCUAGGUGGUGAUUUGCUUGGCCGUCUGCUGGCACUUACGUUCCCGUUGGUAGACGAUCUGACUGACUCGACACAGUUAAUUGGAGCUCAACUGCUUUGCCACAUUAUAAAGAAUGUUACACCUACAGAACUACGCUGGUACUCGGAUGUUCUGCUUGAGGUGCUGCAUACUGCCAUUGUUUCGCGUAAACCAGAUACUCUUGACGUACUGCUUGAGUGUCUUGUAGAAUCGCUGGACAUUGUAUCUCUUCCGAGCGAGCUUAAGCACUAUGACCGGUUUAUGCCGCGGCUACUUCGUGACGCAAGUCUGUGCAGUGAUGUCGCUCUCCGAGUUGUCUUUGUGCGCCAUCUCCGUGUUUUAGUAGUUCGUCAGGGAGCACCACACAGCCUCAAUGUCAUCCGCUACCUGCAGCCGCUGCUGAAGGUAUUGAUCGCGGGAUUUGAGAGCAUCAACGUUGCCCUUGUGAUGGCGACACUCGAAACCUUACGAGCUACUGUGCUUGCUGCGUGGCCUCGUAUUGCGCCACAUACCGAGCAGAUUCUGGUCGGCGUGCUACGUGCUGUUGCUUUCUGUGAGUUGUUUGAUGAAGGUGCUGAUUUUACACCAACUCCAAAACAGCAGAAGCAGCUCCUCGCACAGUGUGAAGACGUUGUGGACCUGCUGCACCAAGUCAACUCCGAAAAGUCCGUCGUUGGUGAUAUGCUUGCAAUUGUGAGUAACCAGAGCUCGAAGCUAUCGCCGUUUUGUAAUCGUAUGCAAGCCAAGUGGACGACUAGGUAG